AGAGUUCUCGCUCUGUGGUUGUUUAAUUUGACUCAACAUGACUUGUUAAAAGCAUGUUGGUUCCAUAAUAUCUAUAUAAAGAUAGCAUUGGCUUUCUUUCCCAAAACAAACUAAAGAUAACACACUAAAACAAAACACCUUUCUUCUCUCCUUUCUGCUUCGAUGGCAAUGGCUCAAAAGGAUAGGAAUAGAUGGGUCGCUCAAAAGGAAAUGAUCGAUAAGCCCCUUCCUUAUCGAUUCUCACCUGAGACAACCAUAGAGGAACCGGUUGUUUCUCACCCGGCGAAACCUAUUCACUUCUUUGGUGGUGCCCAUCCUUCUGAUGGAAAUCCCAACCCGUUUGAGAGGCCUAAAGGACGGCGUAUUACCUGCGACGAGGCGGUCAGACUCUAUGGAGGAGUGCUUAUAAAGGAAUUUCGUAAAUAAGCGGUGUAAACCUCAAGUUUAAAGAUGCAUGGUGAGUUUGUAAAUAAGUGUGAUAAGUUUUAUUUCUGCUUUCGGAAAAAGUGCAGACCAACACAUAUGCUAAAGCUUGUUGUAACGGUUUUGACUUAGAAUAAGCUUUAGAUCAUAACCAAGUGUUUGUGUCUGUUAUAUAUCUAGCUAGAGUACUAUAUGUUGAAGUUUACGUAAUGUAAAAUGUUAUGGCGCUAUGUAAACAUAUGUGUCUUUGACUCUUUGUAAACAUAAAUAAGCAUGUAUUCAAAGACUUUACUAAGCA